CCAAACACAAUCUGCAGCAGCUGGAGCACCAUAGCUCACCACCAAAGAAGAAAAUUUUUGAAGAAAUGGGUAGAAAUUUUCGAAAAUUCGACUUAUUGAUUCGGUGGAAUGGUCGAAUUACCCAUUUUCAUGAUAGUAUUGACUACGAAGAUGGUGAAUCAAGUACUGUCCCGAUUAAGAGCAUAUUUACUUGGCAAGAACUCAGCCAUAUUUGUGCGGAACGAUGUUGCAUAGGAGGGAGAAGAGUAUGCAAGAUGACUUACCAGAACAGAUUUCCAACUGCUGAGGUGUAUGUCGAGACAGAAGUUGUUGGCCAAUAUGGUGGGGGCGGUUAUACCGAACAAGGUGAAGGAUCGGGAGGUUUUUCCGGUUCAGGAGAUUUCAGAGUGCGGCAUGAUGCACCAUGGCCAACAUACGAGGAUCGAACUGCAACUGGUCCAUUGGUGGAACAUGACGGACAGGAGUGGCCAGUAUGGGGUGGAGAAUGGGAUUACAUAAGGGCACCCAGACAAGCAUAUACAGCAGCAUCUGGCAUCAACAAUGAUCCAUAUGUGGAUAAACCAAGUCCUCCGUACACUAGCGAGGCAAGCGACGUGGAAGACGAAGAGUUAGAAUCAAUGAGUAGUUCAGAUGGUGAAGAUCUGGAAGUUGACGAGGGGGAAUUUGAGCCCCCCACACCUCACUACACGAUGGUGCCACAACAUCCUCUCUAUGCUCACAACGACGAUCCUGACCUCCCUCCUAUACCAAUCUGGACUCCUGACUCUGGAUUCGUGGUUGGCCAAACAUUUGCAGGAAAGCCACAGGUGGUCGAUGCAUUGAAAGAAACUGCUAUGCGAAGAAGCUUUCAAUAUCGUGUCAUCACUUCUGACACUAAACAAAUUCAUGUUCGUUGCGAGAACCAUGGCGACGGAUGCAUGUGGCAUGUUCGGGCGGCAUAUGUUAAAAGAAAUGGGGCUUGGCUCAUUCGUAAGACAGACAACAAUCACACUUGUAGGUCGUCACUGAUUUCUCUAGAUCACCGACAAUUGAGUGCAAGGAAGGUUGCACAAACAAUCAAACAUCUGAUUGAGGCACAACCUGGGAUCACCGUGAAGAGUGUCAUCGCUGAAGUGAAGAAUCGACAUGGCUAUACCAUCAGUUACAAGAAAGCAUGGCAUGGGAAGCAAAAAGCUAUGGCAGAGGUGUAUGGUGAUUGGGAAGAGUCAUUUGCUAACAUGCCUCGUUUGAUUCUUGCAAUGGAGGACAAGAAUCCUGGGUCUGUUUUUGUGCCUAGUUACGAAGAUUUCUAUGGAGGUGCUAAACGCGUGUUUAAGAGACUAUUUUGGGCAUUCAAACCUUGCAUUGAUGGUUUCACCCAUUGUCUGCCAAUAAUCCAAGUUGAUGGCACCUUUCUGACCGGCAAAUACAAGGGCACUCUACUCGUUGCCACUAGUGUUGAUGGCAGUAUGCAACUUUUCCCCCUUGCUUUUGCUAUAGUCGAAUCGGAGAACAACUUAAGUUGGGCAUGGUUUUUUUCCCAACUAUACACUCGUGUCACUCAACGGAAGGACAUUGCCAUACUUUCUGAUCGACACCAUGGAAUUAGACAUGCUUUCUACGACCUGCCCGAGGAGCUAGGGUGGAAGUGGCGAUGGUGCAUACGACAUUUCAAAAGCAAUUACGGGAAGCACUUUGGUAGAACUUAUGGACAACGUGCAGUUUGGCACGCUGCUAUUGCUUUUCAGACUCGAAAGUUUGUAGACAAAAUGAAGAGCAUAAGGGAGGUCCACUCUGAAGGUGCAGAUUGGCUAGAAACUCAUCCUUAUGAGAGGUGGACGUUACAUCAAGACGAAGGGUAUAGGUAUGGAAUAACAACAACGAACAUGGGUGAGUGCCUCAAUGGUUUGUAUGUUGGUCUUCGUGCA